AUGAUCAAGAAUAGUCUCAGAGACGAAUGGAUGACCUUUGACUUCCUGGCGAUGAAGACGACCUCCGUGGCGGAGAGACGAGCGCAGAAAGAAGCAGAGAAAGAGGCGGAGAGGCAGAAAGUGCAGUCUAUCGAAGAGGCUGGUCUUCACAGGUUAGAGUUGAACCCUUACUGGAAGGAUGGAGGAAGUGGUCUGCCUCCGGAGGACACCUCCGGUAAUAAAGCUGGAGUGGUGAAUGAUGGAGGGGUGAGCUGGCUCAGGAAGUCAUAUCAGAGGAUGAAAGAGCAGGCCGACAGAGAACAGCGCAGUCUGGAGAGCGUGGUGGCGGAGAGAUACGGGUCCAUGGAAGAGUUCCAGAAGAGACUGCGAGAGGCGGAAGAGGCUGCGUAUGGAGAGAGGAGUGAGAGGAGAGGAGACCGAGAGAGAUGGAGGAGAGACGACAGAGAAGAAGGGAGGGAGAGAUGGAGAAGAGGAGACCGGGAGGAGAGGCGGAGAGACAGAUCUCCACACGCUGAGAGAGAGAGAGAGCGAGACUUUGAGAGAGGCUCUCGAGGCCGCGAUGAACGCCAUCCGAGAUCCCGGCUGGAUCCAGAUGAGGAUCGGCAGUCCCAGAGACGCAGCACUUCCUCUCUGUCUAGCCUCAAGUUCUUCAAACCCUCAGAAGCUGAUGAGGAUAUGAGUGGACGGACGGGGUUCAGGAGGGCGGGUCCGAAAGCCUCUACGUCCAAUCAGAGUGCAGGAUUCAAGAAACCUGUUGAUGAUGAUGAUGGUGGUGUUGUAGCUGCCUGGAGGAAGAGCAGUGCUGUGCAGGAUCCAAAGGAGAUGCCUACUCCACAGAAACACACAGAGAAGACCGCCGCCCUGCUGGAAGAGAGCAAAACAACAAGAGUGAGCAGGUCAGAAAGAAGGGGUCAUAAAAUCCUGACAGAUGAAGAGAUGAAUAAACUGGGAGCCAAACUCGUCAAGGCAGAACUCAUGGGAAACACGGCGCUGGUGGAAAAGCUAAAAGCUCAGAUGGAAGCCGCCCGUCGAGCCAAAGAGAACCGAGCUCGAAGAAAAGACCAGAACAAACAGGUUUCUGCACCAACAGACUCAGAAAAGGAAGUGAUUCUGUUCAGGACCGACCCAUGGGGACGAGCCUGGCCAGUCAAAGCCCCGUCCCAAACACAGGAGCCUAGAGGAGGAAGGAGGAAGCAGAAAGCGAUCGAGACGCACCAGGACGGGGAGCGUGUGCGCUAUUUUGAGGAUGAUGAUGGUAUGAAUCUGCAAGAGAUGGUCAGACGGGAGAAGAUGAGCUCUGCUGAGGAUCAGAACGCUCUUUACUCACGCAUGGCUGCCAAGAUGAUGGGGAGGACAGAUGGCGAUAACUACACACUGGAUGACAUGUUUGUGUCCAGCGCCGCCCAGAAAGAGAGAUCGGGCCGAGACGAAGAGCGGCAGAGGAACAAAGCAGUGCAGGAAACACGGCGGUUAGCCGGACAGAUGGAGAAAUGCAGACACUGUUUCGACAGCCCUGAACUGCCCAAACAUCUCAUUGUCGCCGUCGGAAACAAGGUGUACUUGUGUCUGCCGAACAGCGUGUCUCUGACCGAAGGUCACUGUUUGAUCGUCCCCAUCCAGCAUCACACAGCGGCCACGGGUCUGGACGAGGACAUCUGGAGCGAAAUACAGAUGUUCAGACGCGCUUUGGUCCGCAUGUUCGAGUCUCAGGAGUUGGACUGUGUGUUUUUGGAGACUCAUAUGAAUCCGAAGAGACAGUUGCACAUGGUGUACGAGUGUGUGCCGCUGCCUAGAGAGCUUGGAGACAUGGCACCCAUUUACUUUAAGAAAGCCAUAAUGGAGUCGGAUGAGGAAUGGGCCAUGAAUAAGAAAGUUGUGGAUCUCUCAUCCAAAGACAUCAGACAAGCUGUUCCGCGCGGGUUGCCGUACUUCUCUGUGGAUUUCGGAUUGCAGGGCGGCUUUGCGCAUGUCAUUGAGAAUGAGCGGAAGUUCCCACACUAUUUCGGCAAAGAAAUCCUGGGCGGGAUGCUGGACCUGGAACCGAGACGAUGGCGGAAACCGAUACGCGAGAAUUUCGACGACCAGCGUAAGAAGGUUCUGAAGUUCGCUCAGUGGUGGAAAGCAUUUGACUGCACUAAGACCGACAGCUAGACACUCAGAGACGGUGUGCUUUCUGAACUCUAUAAAGACUUUUUCAUGCCUGAAUUUUUAUUUUAGAGCGCUUGUCAUGUGUAGUAAAAUGUCUAGAACAUUGUUAAAUCUUAAACGGGCAUGUUUUAUCUGGUCUGAAGAUUUUUGUGGGACCCUUUUCAUUUUUUCAAAUGUAGGUAAAUGUUUUUUUUUUUUUUUUAUUAUCAACCCAGGAAAUUUUGGGUUUCCUCAAUCUAAUUUUUAAUGACCCGUGUGUGUCUUCUGUUGUCAUGUGUUAAGUUCAGUCCAGUUUUACCUGCUCCUGUCCAGUGUUGUAAAUCAUGUUUGCCUGAGCAAUUCAACUCAGAAUAAAAUAUUACAAGACCUCCAGCCGCUCUACUGAUUAUGUGCUCUGGCUUUAUAAUCUGAUGUUUAGAUGACGUCUUGCUCGCUCAUUCCUG